CAAGAGCCAAAGUCUAAUUUCCCUUCCAGCUUCACUACUACAGCUGCUGGGAGAGCCCAGGCUCAAAGUAAUGAAAAACAGUAUGUCAGAGACCAUGGCGAGCCCAGGGAAAGAUAAUUAUCGAAUGAAGAGCUAUAAGAACAAUGCCUUAAACCCUGAAGAAAUGAGGCGAAGAAGAGAGGAAGAGGGCAUUCAGCUCCGAAAGCAGAAACGGGAGCAACAAGGUGAUCAGAACCUCCUGAUUUUUUAUCUGUUUUAUCUUCCUCUUUCAGAGCCUAGUCCUCCAAUAGAUGAAGUUAUCAACACUCCAGGAGUAGUUGAUCGGUUUGUGGAAUUUCUGAAGAGGAAUGAGAAUUGUACUUUACAGUUUGAAGCUGCGUGGGCUCUAACAAACAUUGCCUCUGGAACCUCUCAACAGACAAGAAUUGUUAUUGAAGCAGGAGCUGUCCCAAUUUUUAUAGAGCUGCUUAACUCAGACUUUGAGGAUGUACAGGAACAGGCAGUCUGGGCUCUGGGAAACAUAGCUGGAGACAGUUCCGUUUGCCGAGAUUACGUCUUGAACUGUUCCAUCCUUAAUCCUUUGUUAACACUCCUUACCAAGUCCACAAGACUGACAAUGACACGGAAUGCAGUUUGGGCCCUGUCAAACCUUUGCCGAGGGAAGAACCCACCCCCAGAGUUUGCAAAGGUCUCUCCUUGUUUGCCUGUAUUAUCUCGCCUACUCUUCAGCAGUGAUUCAGACUUGCUGGCAGAUGCUUGCUGGGCCCUCUCUUACCUGUCUGAUGGCCCCAACGAGAAGAUCCAGGCAGUUAUAGACUCUGGAGUCUGCCGGAGAUUGGUAGAACUUCUCAUGCACAACGAUUACAAAGUGGCUUCUCCUGCUCUGAGAGCUGUGGGUAACAUUGUCACUGGGGAUGACAUCCAGACACAGGUCAUUCUUAACUGUUCAGCCCUCCCUUGCCUCCUCCACUUGUUGAGCAGCUCGAAGGAAUCAAUUCGAAAGGAAGCUUGCUGGACCAUUUCAAACAUCACUGCUGGAAACAGGGCUCAAAUACAGGCUGUCAUAGAUGCAAAUAUUUUCCCUGUGUUGAUUGAAAUCCUUCAGAAAGCAGAGUUUCGUACAAGGAAAGAAGCAGCCUGGGCCAUCACCAAUGCCACAUCAGGAGGAACCCCUGAGCAGAUCAGGUACCUGGUGUCACUGGGCUGCAUCAAACCCCUGUGCGACUUGCUGACUGUAAUGGAUUCAAAGAUUGUACAAGUGGCCCUCAAUGGACUAGAGAACAUCCUGCGGCUUGGAGAGCAAGAGGGCAAGCGCAGUGGCUCAGGGGUCAAUCCCUACUGUGGCCUCAUUGAGGAAGCCUAUGGUUUGGAUAAAAUCGAGUUUCUCCAGAGCCAUGAGAACCAGGAGAUCUACCAGAAGGCCUUUGACCUCAUUGAGCACUACUUUGGUGUAGAAGAUGAUGAUAACACCCUGGCUCCUCAAGUAGAUGAAACGCAACAGCAGUUCAUCUUCCAGCAGCCUGAGGCCCCCAUGGAGGGCUUCCAGCUAUAAUGUCUGCCUCCGGGGAGGGGAGGGGAGGGGAUGGGAAGCACCACCAGCCACUGGUAGAGCAGCCUUCUGGUGGGCAGAAAGCCAGCCCCCACCAUCACCUGCUGCCCUGCAGACUGUGCUCAGGACCUGCUCCACCCCCUUCCCUGGAGGGAGUGCCCUCUGGACAGACAGAACCAUCUGAGGCUCACCUUUGGGUUUUGGGGUUUUCUUCCUUACACUCUAUUUUGGCUGCACACAUGUCUUUAACCCAGGAGCCCGGGGGUAGACAAAGGAGGACUGAGGUAAUCAUUUUGCACCUUUCUUUGUUUUGUUUUGUUUUGUUUUGUUUUUCUUUAAUGGUGACUUCUUUUCUUUUAUCUUCUUUCAUCCUUCCCAGUCCUCUGCCCUGAUCAAUGUAACUCUUAUUUUGGGUACAUGAGCAGAUGGAAUAUUCCAGAGGUGGGAGGGGAGAGGAGAAAUCCAAAACAAAGUGUUCUUGCUUUGAUGGAAUAUUAAUCUUGUAUGCUUUGAUUGAGUUAUUUAAUUUUUUCUUUUGCACAUUUUUCUUGUAAAUUAAUGUUGCUCUUCCCAAGAGCUGUGAGUUCCUGGUUUUAGGAAUCCCAGCUGCCAGCACUGUCUGGGACUAGGGGUGAUGGGGAGGCCACUAUGAGACAAAGGCCCCUUACUCUCUCUCACCUUUUCCCCAGACCUCUUUAAUUUGGAACACACCCUCACUCUCCUGGGCCAAGCACACCCAGUAAGAGGGCAGGGGAGGAGCACAGGCUUUCAGAUAGGGCUUCUCAUGUGUAGCUACUGACCCCAUGUUUCCUACCCACCUUCCAAAUGGUGCAACCCAACUUCAUUUUUUACUUGAAAAUUUCCCUCAGAGUUAAUGAACCUCUGAGGUAGCUGUAUUUUCUCCUAAGCUCAAGACGGGGCUGUGGUCCCUCCUUCUGAGGAGAAAGUCCUUGCUCUGAUGACCCAUAAGUUGUAGAGGAAGUUGAAGUGAGACUCCCCAGUGUUGGGAUAGUCAGGGAUCCCUGCCUUUGGCUUUUCUUCUUCCUCUUCCAUAGUUGGAUUGUGUAUAUUUUACUUCCAAAGGAGAGAAUGUCAAAACGUUCUGUAUUUUUUUAUAUUCUAUAUAUUAAGUAGGGUAAUCUUAAUUGAUCUUAAGAGGAGGAACUGUCUGUAAUUUUUGUGAGUAGAAUACUGUGAGGAAGACUAAAAAGAUACACGGAACCUUCCCCACUUAGAAGGCCUGAGCUUGGCUCUUUAUCUCUGCUUGGAUUCUAGGCCAUGACCUGGGCCCAACCCUCAGCUCUGCAUCCUUUAAGCAGAUCAGCCGGCAGGGUCUGUUGUUCCUAUAAAUGGAGCCGGUAAGGAUGGCCUCAGAGCCUGGUGAAAUCUGCCUCUCUAGUCCUUCCUACUCAGCAUCCUCCUUAUAUCAGGAAACCCAGAAAGUAGUCUGCAUUCCCAAAUUCAGUUUCAAAGGCUGUUAUCCACAUACGUUAUCACACACACCUGCCUCUUCUAUUACAAAGAAACCUAGCAGCUCUUGUGAGAGCUGUUGGUAUCUUCCCUAUUUGGGAUCCUUGGCCCUGUUUUGGGUUUUCCCUUCCUUAUGACAAUUAUAAUCCGGAUGCCUUUUCUCCUGACUAAAGCUAGUGCAAUGCCCAGUGUCUCACCUAUGCUUCUAAGUGGAUUACCCAUGAUAGUAAAGGGAAAUAGAGUUGGCCAAAGGUGCCCUGCCCCUGCAUCCCCACAGUAAUUAGUCAGAGGUGUCCCACUCUUAAGCUAUGGCUUUUCUUCCCAAGAAACAAUAUCACUCUUGCUCCCAUUCUUAAGUAUUCCCUCUUGGCUCAAGUGAAACCUGUACCCCUUUACUUACAGAUCCAAACUUCAAGCUCUUUUUGUUGGCCUUUUGUCUUAAAUUUGCCCCCUCCUUCUAGUGUUGAAGUCCCCCUCCAGAGACAUUUUCUGAGGAAGAUGGCUUAGGGCUAAAAGUUAAUAAGAAUCACACUACUGUCAGAUGCCACUCAAGCACUUAGGAAUGAUGACUGUGAACCCCUAAUUUCCUACGAAGGCAAAGGACAGGAUCCUUUUCACUGAACCUGCUAUCUCCAUUAGAAAACUAUUCUCCUUGUUGGGUGUGGUGAUGCACGCCUAUAGUUCCAGCACUCAGGAGGCUGAGGCAGGAAGAUCGCCACAAGUUCAAGGCCAGCCUGAACUACACAACAAGACCUUGUGUUGCUUUAAAAAAAAAUUAAAAAUUCUCCUACAGUUGAAAGAAAAGUUACUUCCCACCUUCUCCCUCACCACCAUUGUCCUUGUCCAAAGGGCAGAGCAGUUUAGUAGAAUAUACUUUGUACAUCUCAAGCAACAGUUAACUCCCUAACACUGGAGCCAUAUUCUUAGUGUAAGAGACAAAUGUCCUCCUUUUCCAACUCCUCCUCCAAAAUCUAUUUUGGCUUCAGAUCUGGAUCCUGUACCAGAUGGAUGACUCAUUUUUGGUCAUCUAGCUGCUGCUUAAGCCCAGUUUUCUCUAAAGACUUCAAAUUCUACUGGGGGCACAAUAUGAGAUUUAAGAGAAAAAUAAUUUCUACAAGCUUUCCCUUGUGUCUGCCCCAGACUCUUUCCUCUUUAUCUUCCUCAAAUCCCCUUUCAGUCCACAGGUAAAGUUCUUCCAGCCUACAGAGGCAGUAACCUUUUCUUGUAUCUUCUUCUCUUUGGCCACUUUGUGAAGAGCCAAUCUAUGAAAGACCCUGGCCUAAGUAAGCUCAAAGCCUUUUUGGCAGGUUUCUGGAUGGUUAUUGCCAGCAUGAAAGGACCCCCCUGCCUGCCAUACAAAAUAACUUGAUAAGCUAUGUUUUUUGAACCCUUGUAUGGUGGAACAGGGUCAUAUAUCCAUUUUAAGAUCUCUGAUGGGGGUGGGGAUAUCUAGGUGUGGAUUAAGAGGACAGGGGGCUUUUUCUUUGCUCACAUCUUCAAGUACUGCCAGCUGUUCUCUUUUACCAGCCCCUCUAGGCAUUCUUCCCCCAGAUCUUCUCUAAUACUUACAGGGUGUCUAGUCUUUGAAGCCUGCUUUCAGUUUCAGGCAAUCCCCAGUGACCACCUGGCCUUGAUGUUGGCUGUAAUUUUCUGGUAGAACCACAUGGGUUCCACGCUCACUUUGCCAACCUGGUUAGUUGGGUCUGUGGAUACAGAUGACCCACUGAGGAACAGCUGUUGAUAACCCCAGUGAUCCCCUUUACCUAGAACCCGUAGGUCUACUUGUUCAACCCUCUUUGCCCUGGUAAGCCAUUUUUCUCCCAGGAACUUCUCUCUCUUUCUCUCUCUUUUUCUUAAGCUAAAGCACACAGAUCAUAGCUGCUGUUGUGGUUAAUUGCGGAAAAAAAGAAGACUCCUGGAUACAGUCUUUCUCAACCCAAAGGAGUUCAAAAGGAAAACUCUAACAAAAUGAAAUGCAUGUCUAUAUUCUUAGCGUGCCUGCCUGGGAGGCAGAGGAAAACCAAGCAAUACUAACUCCUCAUCCCACAGGUUCCCUUUGAAAGGCCCCGUCUCUUGUUCAGGCUUCCUCUCCUCCCCUUUACUCAGUUUGGUAUCCAGUGUCUUAUGUGUUCCUCAGUAGAUUUAUGUUAUAGGCUCAGAUUCUGGAUUCUCAGUUAAAGGCAGAGAGCUAGCUCCUCCAGGUCCUUGCAAGCAUUCCAGUGACCCAGUAGGGAGGACAGGCUGGCUAGGGGCCUUUCUGGUAGGCUGGGGAAGAAUACAAGGCUUAAUGCACUGAACCCUAGGAAAUGCUUAUGACUAGUAGCAGCAUCUUACAGGAAGUACUCCCCUAGAAGGUAGUGGAGGUGAGACUGACAGACUGGUCAGAAUGGGUUUUCCCUAGCCAUUUAGGCUUGCACAUUUUAGACCAACCCCAUCCAGUGGAUCCAUGUGGUGGGGACCAGCUGCUUUUGGGCCAAAGCCUUCAAAAAUUAUUCAGUCAAACCACUGCCCUCUAGCCUCAUAGAAUAUAAGAUCUUAGCAAGAAAUUGUCAAGGCCAACUAUGAAUUUUCCUCGAAGAGGGCAUUUUGCUUGAGGCCUGGACUCUGCGGGACCAAAGCUGUCUUUGAGAGAAAUAGCAGUGUUAAUUUGGGGCCCACAACAGCCUAGGAGAAAGAUGUGUUUGAUUUGUCUUCAAGAGCUUAGGCCUACUUCUGGAGGGCCAGCCUAACUCCUAAUACCCAUAUUAGCCUAAAUCUUCUACUAUACAUUAGUCCUGCUCUCCUGGGUAAGUCUGAUUUCAGGCCCUGGAUUAGGGAAGAAAACUACUACAUCCAGAGGGCUGUGAAGGAAGUCAGAGCUGAGACUGGCUGAGAACCUCUGACCUGUCCUUUAAAAGAAGUCCACAUUAUGUGACACUUGGACCCUGGAGUUGGAUAUUGGCUUUUUUAGCCAACUUUUGUAGGAAUUGCCUUUUACUGGCCUGUUAAACAAGGGAAGGGGUUAUGGGGUCCUAGGCACCCAAUAGACAAGAUGUCCUCCAAAAAUAGCUUGGCUUUCUCCUGAAGAUCCUAGGGAGGUGAAUCAAAUCCUCUUCACUAGUUUUUCUUUCCAAAUUCUUUUGCUUUUAUUUUUCUAAGAACUGUAAACUCUGGCCAUUUUUCAUGAUCUCAGGGCCCCUGGGUAGACAAAACUUGAUGAUUUCAGAGCAGACAUAGGCCAAGAAAAUAUGGCAUUGAGUGUGCUGAGUCCAGACAAUAUUUAUAUACACAUCCAAAUUUGAAGAGAAAAUGUAUUUCUUUAGGUUUCAAACACUGUAAUAGAUAAAAAGCAAAAAUAAAAACCUGUUACAAAGUU